AUGUCCUCAAAUUUCAAUAUCUCAACAGAUAUAUUACACUGCAUUGAAUUGGAUAUCCUGCUGAUGCCAGAUGACAGAUUCAGUACAAGGCAACUCGGCGGGAGCUUAAACAAUAAGCUUCACGGCCCGUCGCCUUGCUCCAUGGAGAGGCGCGACAAAUGUCGGUUGUCAUACGAAGCGCGAACUGCUACGGGCGCGCUCGCGGAGCCGGCGGGCGUCGCGUCAGAGAGGGCCGAGACGCGUCACAGCACCGAGGCGCCGGCACGCAGCACGCUGGAGGCUCUGCGGCGCCACUCGCGGCAGAUCGCCGCGCGGCGCGACGGGCGCGAGCGGCGCGUGCAGGUCGGUACGGCGCUGGCCGCGCACGCCGGUGGCGCGGCGAGCGACGCCCCUGACUCGCGGCUCUGUUUCAGUUCACGGAGCGGGCGCAGGAUGGCGCGCGCGGCGACACGGCGGUGGGCGCGGCCGCCGCUGACGGUAGUGUGUGUGUGUGCAGAGAGCGGCGGCUCCGAGAUGUCGGGAGGCAGCGGCGACGCGCGGCGCCCCUCCACGUGCCGCGUGGAGCUGGGCGCGCUGCUGGCGCCGGAGCCGCGCCCGCUAGAUAACAAGGUCAAGCGCCACAGCAUACAUGGUAUGACGGAGGAGGAGAACGUGGUGCGGCCGCACCAGGAGAUGGCAGUGCUCUCCCUCGAUGAGAAGAAGUACCUGCUCGGUGUAGAACGCGGGGACGUGGCAGGCACGCGGCGCGUGUUGCAGCGUGCUCGCGACACUGGACACAUCAACGUCGACUGCGUAGACCCGCUCGGCCGCAGCGCGCUACUCAUGGCCAUCGACAACGAGAACUUGGAGAUGGUUGAGCUGCUGCUCGAGUUUGGCGUGGAAACCCGCGAUGCGCUGCUACACGCCAUCUCUGAGGAGUUUGUCGAGGCGGUCGAGGCGCUGCUGGACCAUGAGGAGCGCACGCGCAAACCUGGCGAGCCCAAUAGUUGGGAAGCACUUCCACCCGAAACGGCGACGUUUACAGCAGAUAUCACGCCACUGAUUCUGGCAGCGCAUCGUGACAGUUACGAGAUCAUCAAGCUGCUUCUAGACCGCGGUGCGAUGUUGCCCGUGCCUCACGACGUUCGCUGCGGCUGCGACGAGUGUGUGCGGUCGCGUCGUGAGGACUCGCUGCGACACUCGCGCUCGAGGAUCAACGCGUAUCGAGCGCUAGCAUCGCCAUCGUUAAUAGCCCUAUCGUCGAAAGACCCGAUCUUAACAGCGUUUGAGCUAUCGUGGGAAUUGCGACGAUUAUCGGCUCUCGAGCAUGAAUUUAAGACGGAGUACCAAGAGCUACGCUCGCAGUGCCAGGAGUUCGCGACGGCGCUGUUGGACCACACGCGCACGUCGCACGAGCUGCAGGUGCUGCUGAACCACGAAACGGGCUCGCCGCAGGCUCAGCUACCAGAGCCCGGCGCACCCGAGAGAAUGCGAUUAUCUAGACUUAAGCUAGCCAUCAAACUAAGACAAAAGAAGUUCGUGGCUCAUCCGAACGUGCAGCAGUUAUUAGCGUCCAUCUGGUACGAGAGCGUCCCUGGGUUCCGUCGCAAGAACAUGCUUCUCCAAGCGGCUGAGAUGGUCCGCAUCGGUGCAAUGUUCCCGCUAUACUCCCUGGCUUACAUCGUGGCCCCCCACUCCGCUCCUGGUCGCACCCUACGAAAACCGUUCAUCAAGUUUCUGUGUCAUUCCGCGAGUUACUUCAUGUUUCUAUUUCUCCUGAUCCUGGCGUCACAGCGCAUCGAGACUGCAGCAGGUGGUCUGCUGUGGGGCGCUGCGUCACACAACGAGCCGGUGUCGCGUAGAGGGUCACCGCCCUCCCUCAUCGAAUGGCUCAUUCUAUCCUGGGUCAGCGGUCUAAUCUGGAGCGAGGUGAAGCAGCUGUGGGACAUGGGCCUACGGGAGUACGUGCACGACAUGUGGAAUGUGAUAGACUUUGUCACUAACUCGUUAUAUGUAGCUACGGUGGCGCUACGGAUUGUCUCCCAUUGUCAGGUGCGGCGUGAGAUGGCAAUGGGACUCCAAUGGAACCAGCCUCGCGAAAAGUGGGACGCGUGGGACCCGAUGCUGUUAUCCGAGGGUCUAUUCUCGGCAGCCAACAUCUUCAGCAGUCUUAAAUUGGUGUACAUCUUCAGUGUGAACCCCCACCUCGGGCCACUGCAGGUGUCCCUCAGUCGCAUGGUGCUAGAUAUCCUCAAAUUCUUCGUGUUAGAUAUUUUAGUUAUAUUUGCUUUCUCAUGUGGUCUGAACCAGCUGCUCUGGUAUUAUGCAGACAUGGAGAAGAAACGAUGCCCGACUGGUGGCACGUCGCUGGCCACCAACGGCACCGUGCACGACCCCGACGCGUGCGUUGUCUGGCGCCGUUUUGCCAACUUGUUCGAAACAAUGCAGACACUAUUCUGGGCGGCCUUCGGUUUGGUAGACCUGGAUUCGUUCGAACUGGAUGGUAUUAAAAUCUUUACACGCUUCUGGGGCAUGCUCAUGUUCGGAACAUAUGCUGUGAUCAAUAUAAUCGUGCUUCUCAACCUUCUCAUAGCCAUGAUGAACCACUCCUAUCAACUCAUAUCAGAGCGCGCAGAUGUGGAGUGGAAGUUCGCGCGCAGUAAACUAUGGAUAAGUUAUUUUGAAGAAGGUGGCACGGCCCCUCCUCCGUUUAACGUAAUACCUUCACCCAAGAGUUUGCUGUACGCAUGGCGCUGGCUGCAGAGGAAAAUGUGUGGCCACGCGCGGGCCAAAAGAGAACAUAUGAGAACAAUUAGGAGAAAAGCCAAGCAGGCCAACGAGCGAGAUUUCCGCUACCAGGCCAUCAUGCGCAACCUCGUGCGGCGCUACGUGACCGUGCAGCAGCGCCGCGCCGAGAGCGGUGGCGUCACGGAGGACGACGUCAACGAGAUCAAGCAGGACGUUAGCGCCUUCCGUUGCGAGCUCGUCGAGAUCUUGCGCAACUCUGGCAUGAACACCUCUACUGUUAACGCCGGCGCACCGGGUGGCGGAGGCGGCAAAAAAAACCGUCAGAAAGAGCGCCGGCUGAUGAAAGGUUUCAACAUAGCGCCGGGCGGACAGCUCGCGCCCGUCGACGAGUUCUUGGCGUCACUGCACCACGACCACGGCGGGUCGCACGGCGCGGGGCACCACGGAUCCUUGUCCGCGCUGCUGGGCGGCCGGCUCCGCACCAGCCAGUCGAGUCUCUCGGACGGCGGCGCCAGCGUCGUCGGUGGCGGUCUCGGCGGCUCGCGGCGUAAGCCCAGCUCCCACAAGCGUCGCUGGGGAACCAUUAUCGAGGCGGCUCGAGCCGCCAGGGUGUCACGUCUCAUCGGUCGAUCCAGAUCGGAGGACUCCGUCUGCGAUCAACGUCAGUCCCCCAGUGGGAGCGAGCAAUCGGACUCCGGCAGCGAUUCACAGCGCAGUCCGGAGCGGAACAGUCGGCGGGGGCCUCUGCGUCCGCUCUCGGCGCUGGCAGCGCUUAAGAGCAAGCGCAAAAAGUUUUCGGAUUCGCGACGAGCGGCGGGCGAGGCGCACGCGGGCACGGCGCCCGAAGCGCUGCAGCGCGCCAGCUCCGUUCCCGCGCGCGUGCCUCCCAUCGCUCCACCGACGCGCUCCGCGCCACCGCCCACCGCCGUGUCGCCCUCCACCACGGCCGAGAGCGUGGCGGGGCGGGGCGGCAGUCGGGAGCCGCUGCUCGCGAGCUUGGACGACGACGGACACAAGGUGGGCGCGAAGGCCGCGGCCGAGCUCGCAAAGCGGCGCGAGUCCGCGGACGGUGCUGAGAUGCGUGUCGACGAUUCCCAGGAGGCGUGCGGGCGUUGCGGGUACGAGGCGGGCAACGGCGGUGACGAGCCAGAGGGUGAGGCGGACGGCGAGGCGCCGGGUGCCGAGGCGGGAUUGCCGUGUGCACGCUGUGCCGCCCUGGCGCGUCUAGCGGGCGUAACCCCGCUGCACGGCCACGCGCCGCACCAUUCGGCCGGCUGGCUGUAG